AAUAUUGUCGCCUUGCUUUGGUAUUUGCGGCCUUGACGCCCCAAUACUCGCCCUGUUGGGUGCUGCCGCUCUAUGGUCUAAACACGCGAGCAUUGCGGCCCGCCGGAUAGCUGAGAUGUUUGCCUUCAUUAUAAACUCGCUGACUACGCCAGCCGGCACGACUCGUUCCACAAACUAUGCCAAACACUCCGAUAUGAGACCCGUCUCCCGCAGUGUGUUGGUGCACUGAUCGGCGGGGGGACGUCUAGGCGGCUCCUCCGGACUAGGACCAAGAUGGUUGGCAGGACGCCGGCGGCCGUGCUGCUGACAACGCUCUGCAGCGCGUUUGUCAGUGGCCUGUCUGAAGUCCCUGUCACCUGCCUGGAUAGCGAGGAGUAUCACUCAUCACCUGGUCCAAUUGUUCUGCGCGCUGUCGGAGAAGUGUGGACCGAGCAAGGCUGCAUUCGUGGCGAGUGCCGAGCCGCGCCGGACGGCACAUCUGCGAAAAUUGUCAGGACUUCGUGCAGCCCCUCCCCGUUCCCCGACUGCCAAUUGGUAUCGCAAAAUGUCUCGGCUGAGUUUCCAGACUGCUGUCCCGAGUAUCUAUGUCCAGGAAGAUGCUUUUCAAGACGCCAACAGCGUUGGUUUGAAGUCGGCGAGAAAUGGACUGAAGAUGGCUGUUUGAGAGCAGAAUGCAUCGGCACGGAUACCGUCGGACUCCUACCGUGCGGUCUGAUCGGCCUGAGACCAGGGUGCCGCGCUGUUCCCGGAGACCCGGACGCAGAGUACCCGGCCUGCUGCCACCAGGUCAAGUGUGACCUGGAAGAGCGGCCCUGUUAUGUCCCGCACCUGGACCGCCACUUUGCUGUGGGCGAGAGGUGGACACUGCAAAACUGUAGCGGCCAGGCCACAUGCGGACCGGGCGGGAGCGUGGAGGCUUUCGGGUGUCCCCUGGAGGCCACUGACACCCCGGGCUGCGGCCUGGACAACGGAGAUCUGCGCUUUGGCUACCCCCGGUGCUGCCCCAAGAUCACGUGUCGGAAUUGUUACUCCCAGCGGCUGGACAGGUAUCUUGGGCCGGGAGACUCGUGGACGGGGAGCUCCUGCACGGGGAACACAUGUGAGGCUGGCCCGAGAGAAGCGGUAGUGACCCGAGAGCUGUGCAGUCCGCCGGGGGAGCUUCCAUACCCUGACUGUGUGCAGACCGGGGAGGACCUGGGGCGCGGCAACUUCCCGCACUGCUGCCCCCGUUUCCGCUGCCCGGGCCGGUGCCAGGACGGCCCCCGCUGGUACUCGGUCGGGGAGCAGUGGGAUGACGGUUGCACGAGGGCCAUCUGCGUCGGCACCGACCGGGUGGAGCGGCUGUCGUGUCCGGGACAGAGGUACGACCCGUCCCGGCCCGACUGUCGCCUGGUGGAGGGCAACAGCAGCGCCGCGUUCCCGCUCUGCUGCGACUCUGUCGUGUGCGACACGCCGCUGGAUGUGUGCAGAGACGCGUCGGGCGCCAGCCGGGCCGCGGACUCCGUGUGGACGGAACGCGGCUGUGUGCGCAGCCGCUGCGAGAUCGCCGAGGGAGGGGUGGCGGUGGUGCGCCGCUGGCGCUGUCAGCCGCCGCCCUCAGCCGACUGCCGGCUGGUGGUGCCGAACCCAGCCGAUGGUGCCGACUACCCGUACUGCUGCCCCACCUACCUGUGCCCGGGCCGCUGCUACUCGCCGGUACUGGACCGCUGGUUCUUCGAGGGUGAUCGCUGGGCUGAGGGCGGGUGCUUCGAGUCCUUCUGCGAGAGCACCGGCACGGUGACGCAGACGCGGUGUCCGUUCGUCAGCGCCCGCCGACCAGGGUGCAGAGUGGUGGCCGGUGACCCCGUUGCCAAGUAUCCCGGCUGCUGUCGCCGCGUGGAGUGCCAGCCGGGACCUUAUGAUGGAUAACGAUGACAACAUGAGGGUGUGGUGCAGUGUUCGCCAUGGGCCGAGCCAGCCCGAUGGGCCAUAGGCUAGGCUGGGCUCUCAAAUAUGAAGGAUCGAUGGUCUAUGGAUGGGCUAGGCCAAGAAUUGUAAAGUGGACUUGCAGGGGUUUGCGACUGAGACAAAAACUAUAAGAACUAUGUUUGUGUAAGACUCAAAAAACAAGUUAAUAAAGCAUAUAGUUACGUGCAA